CAAACUUUCUUACAAAGUUUUGAACAACAAAGAAGAAGGGACGCAGAGAGUUACCUAGUAUAUAAAUUCUUAUUUCGUUAUUGUUCAGCAGGACUGUACUCAGCAGAAUAUAUUUUAAUUGAAUACUUAUUAACAAAGGUUUAUCUUACAAGAAUUUUUAUCCAUAAUAAAUAUGCGCUGGGAUCAGUACUCAAAUGUUCUUCAAUUGGCCGCAGCUUUAUCCCUAGCUGGAUGGGUUGCUCGCACACCAGAUAACGCUCAAGUCGAUCCCAAUGCAGUGAAUCCCUAUUACGAUAAUCCACAUGGUGCACGGUAUCAUCCUUACAGUCAAAUCCACUACGAAAAUGUACAUGGAAGCGUUGAUUCUCCCCCAUUAGUGCUUCAAAACCAAGGACAAUAUCAUAAUUACCCACGAACAGGUUCAAAUUUACACCAAUCAAAAGAUGCCGAAGAAAAUUUUAGGUCUUUCCUAGAAUUACAAGAGCUUGUUAGCUGGCAAGAAGCUUAUCGUAGAGGAGAUCUAAACUUUAAUAACCAACCACAACAUGUUAUGCCUAUUAUUAAUAAGAAUAGUGACCCACCUGCUACACGUGUGCAUGGUGCUUCGCCUUAUCCAACAAUUAGUGAUGAUGGGUAUGGGUCAGCAGCUGCUAGCAUUGGGUCCCCUGCUUCCAGCGUAUUGUCUCAUACUGCAACUAAUAACUUGGAUGAUUAUAAUUCUCUAUCACCAUUAAGUGAUCAUGUGUUUGAACUAAACGAAUUGGAUACCCUUGGUGUGCAAGGAGCUGUUGGGUUUUCGCCAUCUUCUGAUAAUCGAAAUUUUGAUAUUGAUGAGUUGCUCGAUUUUAAUGAUGCUAAUUUCACACCUGAAAGUGAUAAAUCUCAAUAUGGUGAAGCAAGACAACCCUUUGAAAAUUUGAAAGGCAUGGAUAAAGACCUUGAGUAUGUGAAUUCUCCACUAAAAAGUCCAACAUUUAACGAAUUCUUGGCAAGCCCAAUGCCUGAACAAACUCCAAGGAAUACUUUUCCUAAUCAUUCCUAUGAUGAUCCAUUUCUAAUGCGAUUUACAAAUUCAUCAGUACCUGGAUAUAAGCAUGUCACAGACUCGAUAAUGGAGUUCAACGAUUUUGAAAAUGCAUUAGCAAGUGAUGAAGAGAUUGACAAAGCAUUCGUAAGAUCAUUGUCAUCAAAGAAUAGCAAUUUUGGAGGAGCAUCUAUGCUACCACAUGCUACUGUAAAAGAAGAAUUUCCACUGAAGACUUUACGUCACCCCAAUGACCAUGAUUAUCAAAAGCAUUUUACUGAUGAAGUUCUCUUUAAAAAAUCACGGUAUCCCUUAAACAACUUUAUGAACUUCGAUGCACACAAGCACAGCCCUGCAGCAGGAAAUCACCAAACUUUUGCACCAAACAGUUACUCAUCCAGUAAUCUAAAGCAACAAAAAAACAAAUCUGCUCUGAUAUGGCCUGAUUUCCAUUACACCUCUGAUGAGUUAAUAUCAAUGCCAGUUGAGACAUUUAAUGAAGUCAUCAAAUCCCUGGAUACUGUGAGACAACAUGCAGCAAAAGAUGUUCGUCGGAAAGGAAAGAACAAACUGGCCGCAAGAAAUUGUCGUAAACGAAAGAUGGAUGUUAUCGACAACUUGGAUACUGGUGUUGGAAUGUUAGAAUCAAGGCGAUUGUCUCUGUUGGCAGAAAAACAAAAGUUAAUUGAGGAAACACAAGCAAUCAGAAAGAAAACUGAAUGGUUAAAUAGUUACAUCUUUGAACAUCUACGUGAUUCUAAUGGGGAAAACUAUUCACCUUCAGAGUAUUCCUUGCAAUACACUUCAGAUGGAAAUGUCUAUUUGGUACCUAGUGGACAGAUGGAAAUGAAGAAACCAACCAACAUUGAAGCUUAGAUAGAGACAUACAGGGAUAUAGGGAUAGAACACCAGGCCCUACGGCACCGGAGGGGGCUAAGGUGGCCAUAUUUUUGGCUGAUUAGUUAUCAUUUUAAGAACCUUUCUUUUGCGUGCAUUAACAAAGUGUUAUCUGCAAGCACCACUAUUAAUAAUGACUAUAUCUGAAUUUUAGCCCCCUCACUUUUAAUUUUGUGUCGUAGGGCUUGAACACUUGCAUAUUGAUAUAUAUGGUAGGAAUUUGAUCACAUACAAAAACGCGACAGUUUUUUUGUAUACAAAUCCUAUAGUUAAUUUUAUCUUUUUGUGAUACAGUAAGCAUUUCUUUUGCAUAACUUUAUUUAUUUUUCAGGUUUAGAUGUAGAUGUUUUAAAUCUGCAGUUUUUCCAAAUGCUAUUUUAACUUUUUGUAUCUAUCUUUUGCUGCAAUCAAUAUAAGUUGACGACAAGACCAGUUUUGCUGCUACGAACUGUAAAUACUGUAAAUAUUUUGUUAUUUAUAUCUUAAUGAAUUAAAAUUUUAUUAGGAGUUUAAUGCUUUAUGAAUAAGGCUGUUAUGGUGGUGGAUUCGUUUAAUGUAUAUACGUUUAUUCUGAACUUUUGUUUUGGCAGCUCGUACGUCACAGCGUCUGUAAAAGAAGACGUAUAACGUAAAUCAUGGAAUUUUCUAUAUCUUAGGAAUUGUAACUUUUAUAUAUAGUGCUCGUUGAUCAGUAAAUUUCAAACAAAAA